AUGUCUAUGAUCAGCACCGUGGAAGACUUGAUUUGGGGGAAAGUGGACGAAACAGAAUAUUUAAGGAAGGUGGUGGAAGAUGAUAACGUAGAUUUGGACGCUCUUUCCCAAAAAGUACGCUCAAUCCAGUCUGAUUUACACAUCCAGUUGAGAAAAGGGGUAAGAUGCCUGAGAAAGUUUAAUAAGGUAUCUAACAUUUUGGUUAUAGGUGGAAGAGAACUACCCGAAGUUGCUUGAACAAGUCGGGGCCAUUGAAACCUUGGAUCGGGUUCAAUCUGGGUUCAACGAAGAGAUGAGAAUGGUGGAUGAUAAAGCCAAACAAGUUAAGCAUUUCUUUGCCCAGAGCUAUGACCAUUUACGGAGUGAUUGUGAUGCCAUGGAGAAUUUGGUGUUGUUUUCCAGAGUGAUUUCGGAUACGUUAAGGUGGGGAAAAAGUAUAAUUUGUUAACGUAAUACAUGUAAUGAUUGUGCGAUGUAAUAUAUUUCGUCUUAUUUUGACUCAAAUUGCGUAACAUUUCCGCAAUAUUGCGAAAGUUUUUGGUCUCUCCCCGUAGAGAUUUUUUUCUCUCUUUUUCAAUGCGCACAAGGGAAUGGUGUGAGACCUGCUCUAUCCACCUGUACCAGUCAUUUUCCCAAGCGCUGGGGGAGACCAUUCCCUUGUCAGUGAAGAAUUUCGCAUCUCUUGGCUGGAAGCUCGACAGCCAAAUCUCCACAAACCGGGAUUUUUUGCCAGUCAAGACGAAAAAGUUUUAGGUCGCACUAUUGUUAUAUUAUCAAUUUAAUGUUAUAAGUUUUUAGAUGCCAAGAACUGAUUCGUAUUUGGGAAAAGGAGGAAAGGGACAUGUUAACCAAAGCUGAAUGUGCCAACGAACUGAAGGCAUUAUGUCUGGAAAACACAAUAUUCGCUUCAGUUCCCUGGAUAAAUAAUGGCUUCUUAAAGAAAGUUACUGUAAUUUGUGCCCAAACGUCCAGUGAAGCAGUUGAAGAACUGAAACAGUCUCUGUCGACGCUUAAUGUUUCUCAUGUCAACACUUGCCUGAAGGCGUUUUCAUAUCUUUUCGAUCACGAUGGUUGUACGAAGGAAUUGAGGGCAAUUAUGGACGAAUCGCUGCAAUCGAUCGACUUGUUGUUUAUGAAUUUACUGUCGGCCAAGACAAGUGAUGGCGUUUCGAGACAGCUCUCAAGGAUUGGAAACAACCUUCAUACCUACUUGGAGAGAUUUCAUGUUUUAGGUUGGUUUUACAAGACAAAUAUAAUACUUUUAUGGGGGCUCAUACUUUUAGACGGGACCUAUCUCAAAAACACGUAAAUGGACGCGCACUGUCCGCAAAUAAAAAAAGGUUGGCAAAAUAUACCACUAUACGUUUAAGAGUAGCAUCCGAAACUUUCACAUCAAAUUUUUUGCUAAGCAUUGAGUUAUACACAAAAAGAUUUGCAUUUUCGGUCAGCGAAAAUCAUGCUGAUUAGGAAUAUAUGAGAGGUUCCGGGUAAAUUCAAAUUUUUUUCGGUCGUGAUAAUCGAAAAAAAUCAGACGCGGCCAUAUUGUAUUUUUUACCUGCAAUGUGCAGAGCCCAAGACAGGAUAAAACUUGUCCUGAACGGUGGAAUGGAUUUUUCGCACUUCGCUAAUUUUUUUUCCUGAUACAAUGCGGAAGAAAAAAUUGCUAAAAAAUUUGAAUUUACCCGGAACCCCUCUUAUAUGUAAAAUUUGGCUACUCAAUAUGCCCCGGUUUAUUGCCCAAAAUAAAUAUUUUCUUUCCCAACGCGGAAGUAGUACAUUGGGCGAUGACUUUUAUGGUACUUUUGGUCAUCAUGCCAAUCUUAAACGCUUCGUUGUGAUAUCUGAUCGUUGAAAAGCGGAUAUUUUCUUAUAUUUUUGUUAUCAAGCGUUCGGCGCGGGUAAGGCAGCUUCGGAUAACGAUACAAAGCUGGGAAAUGGCUCAACACAAGCCUUCCAGCAUUCCAAAUUCCAUAUGCUAAAAAUUUCUUCGCCAAGAUUUCCGUUUUUGCAGGAGCUGAGAAUGCGUUGUACUUUUCGAAUAAGGUGGCAACAAUCUUAAGGAAUCGAAUGCCAGUGGAAACCGAGUAUAUGAUGAGAUUAGUGCAGACUGUCAGCAAAUGUUUACUACCUCACGCCGAGGCUAUUGUGAAGCCAAUCAGAGAUGCCCUGGGGCCAUUAAAGACGGCCAUUUUGAGUCAAUCAUUAGCUCGUUUAUUCGAACUUGUCAAUGAUACCUUCUCCCAGGAAGAUCUAAAGGGCCCCGUCAUUGUGGAAAAGGUAUCAUCUUUUAAUUUAUAUACCUCUCCGUUCCAGUUGAAUGGCGCCAUAAAGUCCGAGAUAAACAGUUUUUCCUGGGACAAUGAAUUGCAAAAACAAGUGGAGGGGAAUGUUGCGAAAACAUUGCAAAUUAUCGCUGCCAAGAUAGAAGAACAGAUAAUUGUAAAUCCGGAGGUUCUGAGAUUGAGCGGCAGAGUCAGCAAGGCUCAGGCCGCUAAUUACCAGCUCUUAAGUGUCGCAUAUGCCUUCAGAAAGUAGGUUCUAUCAAGUCAAUAUAUACGAUUACAGACAAUGGCCUCUUUAUUCCGACUGUAUCCGUGCUUUCAUCGAUCCCCAGCUCCGAUUAAUAGUUGAUACGAUGAAGGAGACCAUCAUUCUGGUUUUGGAUUCCAUGCACGAAGAAGAUCUUAAUCGAGAACUGCAACAAUCGCCGUGCUCUUUGUACAUGGGAGAGUUGUGUGACCAUUUGAAAGUCUUUCGGACCCAUAUCAACCACAUUGAACCCUUGGCAGAAUCCCUGGAAACGUUGCCCAACUUUAUAAACUUUAUCAUCGAACAGUUCCUCCUCAACAGCACAUUGACUACGACUUUCGCUCCUCUGGUCAGAACACGGUUAGUCAAAGAUUUUGGAGCUUUGUGCAAGAUGUUGCAGGUAAUCAUUGAAAGUUUUCUUAUUUUUUUUUUAUCAAAACUACUGGAGAAUUAUAUCAGUAAAUUUUAGAGCUUAAACUGUAAUUCGUCCAAAUUUCUGAAUAACAGAAACCUCCUCUCGCAACUGUUGAAUUCUGAGGAAAUAGAUUACAACUACGAUGUCAAACAGAUCCCUUGUUGGUUUAUAACCCAGUUGGGAAUAAGGAUCGCCAAUCUCCAGCUACCUUAUGAAUCAGCCGACUGGACUCGAAAAGAGUAUAUCAACUGGUUCAACAGUCAAGUUGAUCUGGACCGCAUGCAAUUCUUACUCAAUGUUGUCAAGAUUUACGAGAAUUCCGGCAAAGCAAAGAAUGAGAAGGUCGAGCGGCUGAAGGACUUCAUUGUAACUACAAUUGCCACUCUUAAUGCUCCAUGA